UGACCAUCUCUAACUGUCCAUGACUCUUCUCCAUGUCACAGCUCAGCACUCACAUCACUGCUCCAUCAUUAUUCACAGGAACCAGCCUGGACCUCCACCCAUUUGUGUGUCCUUAAAGAGUGAUGCAUCUAAAAAUGAAGCCGUUAGAUUUAAAGUCCAACCUGUGUCUGCAGCAGAGAGGAUCCAUACGACACCCGCUGGACCUGAACCUGAUCCCAGCUGUGUGUCCCUAAACAGUGGCUGGUCUGCAGAUCGUCCCAUUAAUUUUAAAUUCGAGCAGGCAUCUGUUGCAGAGAGAUUGGACCAGGAGAGUUCAGAGGUUCCCAGUGAUCAGUCUGCCCAGAAGCAUCAAACACACAUGGACUCCAUAUUUAUGCUGCUGGAGGACAACAUCAUCACUUUUGUGAAAGACGAGCUGAAGAAGAUCCAGAAGGUUCUGACUACAGAUUACCCAGAAUGUUUAGAGAGUCAGAGGGAGGAUGAUGAGCAGAGGAGGAGCAGCAGAGAGGCAUUUGUGAAAAUCACACUAAACUUCCUGAGGACAAUAAGGCAGGUGGAGCUGGCUGACCGUCUCCAGAGCAAACUUUAUGGUGCAGUUUGUCAACAUAAUCUCAAGUCUGUCUUGAAGAAGAAGUUCCAGUGUGUGUUUGAGGGGAUUGCUAAAGCAGGAAACUCAACCCUUCUGAAUCAGAUCUACACAGAGCUCUACAUAACAGAGCAAGGGACUGCAGAGGUCAAUGAUGAACAUGAGGUCAGACAGAUUGAAACAGCAUCCAUGUACUCAGGAGUGUUCACACAGAUCUUUAAAGAGGAGAGAGGACUGUACCAGGACAAGGUGUUCUGCUUCAUCCAUCUGAGUGUUCAGGAGUUUCUGGCUGCUCUUCAUGUCCAUCUGACCUUCAUCAAUUCUGGAGUAAACCUGCUGGAAGAUCAAACAACCUUGAAAAAGUACAAAUUCUUUAACAAACCAAACCUUCAAUCUCUCCACCAGAGUGCUGUGGACAAGGCCUUACUUAGUUCAAAUGGACACCUGGACUUGUUCCUCCGCUUCCUCCUGGGUCUUUCACUGCAGACCAAUCAGACUCUCCUACGAGGCCUGCUGACACAGACAGGAAGUAGCACACAGACCAAUAAGGAAACAGUCCAGUACAUCAAGAAGAAGCUCAGUAAGAACUUGUCUGCAGAGAAAAGCAUCAAUUUGUUCCACUGUCUGAAUGAACUGAAUGAUUGUUCUCUAGUGGAGGAGAUCCAACAGUCCCUGAGUUCAGGAAGUCUCUCAACUGAACUGUCUCCUGCUCAGUGGUCAGCUCUGGUCUUCAUUUUACUGUCAUCAGAAAAAGAUCUGGAUGUGUUUGACAUGAAGAAAUAUUCUACUUCAGAGGAGGCUCUUCUGAAGUUGUUGCCAGUGGUCAAAGCUUCCAACAACGCUCUGUAAGCUGUAUGUUACUUUAUUGAGAGGUACCUUAGGGUUCUGUUGAUCCUUGCAGACAAAGUGGUUGCUGGGAUCAGUUAGCACAGUUGUUUCCAAACUUCUUUUUCCUAGCCCCCCCUUUGUUUUACAAGAACCCCACCCUUGCCCGCUUCCCACCAAAAAAGCACGAACACAUCAACACACCCGUCCAUAUUUUGCAACUCCAUUGCUGUUUAUUUGACACCUCCAACCUUUUGUAAACAAUUAAACAAAUAAAAGUAAACCGACAUAGGUUACAUGUUGCAAUAAAAAAACUUCUACCUAUUUUUAAAUAACAGAAAAACAAACCAUGUUUGUGGUGUAAUUAUUCCAUGUGUAGUUGUUUGUUUUUUAUGUGUAAUUAUAUUCAACAUUGCUAUCAGUAUAUUUUUCAAAAAAUGCCUCUCUGUGCAAAAUGGGUUUAAAAGCAGAAAACAACUAUGGGAUACUGUUUAUCUGUGAUUUGGACAGCCCAUAGAAUGCUCCCGAUGCAGGGGAAACAAAUUCUGUUGGGGAUAUCUAACUUGGUUAUUAGGGCUGGGGGUAUCGUCACUGAUUUCUAUAAUUAACUGGAUUUCGAUUUAAUUCAAGGACAAAACACAGAAAAGCAUGAAGGAGAUAUUCCUGUCCUGGCUUUUAAUAGGAGAUAACCUUAAAAAUAUUCUGCAGUAGAACAAAAACUGAAGAAAACCAUGAAUAAACAUUUGAAAAUUACCUGAUGCUGCUGAAGUGAAGCAGAGCAAAGCUGUAGAGAUUUUAUUAGGGAUACAGCGAAGGGUUUUGCAAUUUUGCCUCAUUUGUAAAAGUAAAACUUUCUUCAGUGUUGAACAGCAGAGAUGUGGCUUUUUGUAUCAGAGGUCAUUUAAAACAAACAAAUAAACAAAAAACAGCAGUGGCCAACAGCUCUGAAGACAACUGUAGACUUGUGCAUAAUAAGCAAGCAAAUAGUGCAAAAAAAUAGAGAUUUUGAGAUUUAGGAAACUUUUCCUCAGGAAAUGAAAUGACUUUUUUGAGAGUGUCACAAUCUGCAGCCAUUGAGUCAGCCAAUGUGCUAUUGAGUCUAGACAGACCAAGUGAUGAAUGGGAGCUAUGCCCUAUUUACCCAGCAUAGCAUAGCACAGGUUGAUCCUCUUCCUAAUCACAUUUUCAAAACCUUGGCUCACGUGAUUAGGUACAGGAUCAUUAGGCGGUCCAUUGUCCCUCUCGGUACGUUACUCCCACAGGGCUUAAAUCUGGGACUCUCCACCAUUUGACCCUAGAACUGAAGAAGCUUCUCAAAUGAGAGGUGAAACAUCUUCAAGCAACUUAAAGAAGUCCAGACGCUUUUCUUUCCAGGCUACUUAGACUUGAUGCAAAGUUGUUUCUUUGGUUUAACCCUGUGGGGUCUAGGGUAUAAUUGACAAUUUUUGACUACUUUUGAUUUGACCUUUAUAUUCCAUCCUUAAAAACUGUUCAGCUUGCUUUGUUUGAUAUAAUUAUAUUCAGCAAAACCUCAAAUAUCUGAAAUUGGAGUUAUUUUUUCAUUUUGACAUACUGUAUUAACACAUUUAA